AUGGAGGCCGUGGUGAGCGCCUCCCACGGCGCCGUGCAGAUCCUGUUGAGGAAGCUCGGCAACAUCCUCGCCACCAAAUACACGCUUCUCCGCGGCAUUCGUGGGGAGAUCCAGGAGCUCAAGGAUGUGCUCGAGAGCAUGACUGCGUGCCUCCGCGACCUCGCAGACGAUGAUGAUCACAACGAACAAACUAGGACUUGGAUGAAACAAGUGAGGGAGGCCGCGUUUGAUGUGGAGGACUGUAUGGACAGGUUCUGCCAUCACCUCAGCGAGAAUCAUGGAGACCGUCAAGGACUCCUGGAAUACCUCCAUAGGAUGUUCAACAUGGUGCGAACAUUGAGGGUGCGGCACAAGAUGGCUACCGAUAUCCAGGGCCUCAAAUCUCGUGCCCAGAAAGUGAGUGAUCGGAGGCUCAGGUACACAUACACUCUAGGUGACUCUGCUGGACGGUCGGGCAGAGCGCUUGAUACUUACAGCCACCUCGACAACCUGGACCGCUGGCUGCCUGCAAUCCAUGAUGACGGGUCUGGGCUAGUCGGGAUGGGCAACAUGACUGAUGCCGUGGUUGGGCUGCUCAACGGGCAACGCCAGGCGGCUGUGAGUCCUCGAGUGCUGUCCAUAGUGGGGUUUGGUGGUCUCGGCAAGACCACCCUGGCGAUGACUGUCUACAACACCCCAGAGUUGGGAGGUAUCCAGUGCCGCGCUUUCAUUCCGGUGUCCCAGACAUACGACCUUCGUUCUCUUCUUGAGUCCAUGCUGAAGCAGAUUUCGGCUUCAGCUGACAAAGAUAAAAAUGAUGAUCCCCUCAAGAACAUUAAAGACUGGAAAAUAAUUCGUGCCAAGAUGUACCUGAUCGUUCUGGACGAUGUUUGGCGAGCAGCUGCAUGGGAUCAGCUAAAGGUAGCUUUUCCUCAUGAUAACAAUAAUAAUAAUGAGGGCAGCAUAAUAAUUACUACACGCAGUAAAGAGGUAGCAAAAAAUUGCUGCACCUUUUCUGAUGACAUCUAUGAAAUGAAGCCCUUACCCGAAGAGGAUUCACAGCAGCUAUUCUUCAAGACGGUAUUCAUGUCAGAGGAAUGUCCACCUGACCUGCUGAACAUGCCCAAGGCCAUAUUGCCAAGGUGCAAGGGUCUGCCUCUAGCUAUAGUGAGCAUAGGACGAAUGCUAGCUCGAAGGCAAAACAAGACAUCAGCAGAAUGGAAAACAGUAUGUGAUAGGCUGGGUUCUGAACUGGAGACAAACCCCACUUUGGAGGGAAUGAAACGGAUACUUUCUCUCAGCUACAAUGAUCUGCCGUACCAUCUGAAAGCAUGUUUAUUAUACCUGUGUGCUUUCCCUGAGGAUUUUGAGAUCAGAAGAGGCUCUCUUAUUAGACGGUGGGCAGCCGAAGGCUUAAUCAUUGGAAUGUAUGGCCGCAGUUUGGAAUAG